ACAGGAUGGAGAGAGAAGAGUCCUCGGAUAUUUGACGUUUGAUAUAAUUGCAGUUAAGUGAAGAUUGUGGUUUAGAAGUUGUGAGAUUAAUGUCGUGUGUGUGUGUGUGUGUGUGUGUGUGUGUGUGUGUGUGUGAGGUAAAUAAACGCAGCAGUUGUAGAUGUAGGUGCUGAGCUAAGAGCUCCAGUGUGUGUGUGUGUGUGUGUGUUACAGGCCCUCAGCUGAUUCAGGAGUGUUUACACUUGCUUUGUUUAGUAUUCAGCUGCACAGUUGGGAGCUGAAGAAAAGCUUGACGAUGGAGACAGAUACAUUUAAUUAUGUUUACAGCUGCGACCUGGAUAUAAACGUUCAACUAAAAAUAGGUAGUUUGGAGGGCAAGAGGGAACAGAAAAGUUACAAGGCUCUGCUUGAAGACCCGAUGCUGAGAUUUUCUGGCCUGUACCAGGAGAACUGCUCUGAUCUGUAUGUUACCUGUCAGGUGUUUGCUGAGGGCAAGCCACUGGCACUGCCUGUCCGCACAUCCUAUAAAGCUUUCAGUACCCGUUGGAACUGGAAUGAGUGGCUGAGGUUGCCUGUCAAGUACCCUGACCUGCCCCAAAGUGCUCAGAUAGCUCUGACUGUAUGGGACGUUUAUGGGCCUGGCCGGGCCACUCCUGUAGGAGGCACCACUGUCACUUUGUUUGGAAAAUAUGGAAUGUUCCGGCAGGGCAUGCAUGAUCUAAAGGUCUGGCCAGGGGUGGAGGGUGAUGGUGGGGAGCCCACAACUACACCGGGCAGAACAAGCAGCACUCUGGCUGAGGAUCAGAUGGGCAGAUUGGCUAAGCUGACAAAAGCUCAUCGUCAAGGGCACAUGGUAAAGGUUGACUGGCUGGACCGCUUGACCUUCAGAGAGAUUGAGAUGAUCAAUGAGAGUGAGAAAAGAAGCUCCAACUUCAUGUACCUCAUGGUGGAAUUUCCCAGAGUGAAGACUGGAGAGAAAGAAUACAACAUAGUGUACUAUGAAAAGGAUGGAGAUGAAGCGUCUCCUUUACUGACCAGUUCAGACAUUGUUAAAGUUCCUGAUCCUCAAAUGUGCAUGGAAAAUCUGGUGGAGAGUAAACACCACAAACUGGCUCGAAGUCUUCGUAGUGGACCCUCUGACCAUGACUUGAAGCCUAACGCUGCCACCAGAGACCAGCUUAAUAUCAUUGUCAGCUAUCCACCCACCAAACAGCUGAGCUCUGAGGAGCAGGACCUUGUGUGGAAGUUCAGAUAUUAUCUCACCACUCAAGAAAAGGCCCUGACUAAGUUCCUUAAGUGUGUAAACUGGGCAUUACCCCAGGAGGCUAAGCAGGCUCUGGAGCUGCUUGGAAAGUGGAAACCCAUGGAUGUAGAGGACUCUCUGGAGCUGCUUUCAUCUCAGUUCACCAACCCCACAGUCAGACGUUAUGCUGUUGCCCGUCUGCAGCAGGCUGACGAUGAGGAUUUAUUGAUGUACCUGCUGCAGUUGGUUCAGGCUCUGAAGUAUGAGAACUUCUCUGAUAUCCAGAAGGGUUUAGAGCCUGGGACUAAGCGGGACAUCCAGGGCCUGUGUGAAAGCUCCACGCUGGGUGAUUUGGACAGUUCUCAGAUGACAUCAACUUCUAUGGCAAUCACCAGCACACAGAAGGGCAAAGAAGGAGCAGAUGGAGAGAAUUUAGAGCAAGACCUGUGUACCUUCCUUAUAUCACGUGCCUGCAAAAACUCAACACUGGCCAACUACCUGUACUGGUAUGUAAUAGUGGAGUGUGAGGAUCAGGACACACAACAGAGAGAUCCGAAGACUUACAACAUGUAUCUGGAUGUGAUGAGAAGAUUCAGUCAAGCUCUGCUCAAGGGUGAUAAGAACGUGAGGGUGAUGCGCUCUUUAUUGGCAGCACAGCAGACGUUUGUUGACAGGUUGGUGCAGCUCAUGAAAGCUGUUCAGAGAGAGAGUGGCAAUCGUAAGAAAAAGACGGAGAGGUUACAGGCUCUGUUGGCUGAUAAUGAGAAAGUGAGUCUAUGUGAGAUCGACUCUAUCCCCCUACCACUGGAGCCUCAAGUGCGCAUAAGAGGCAUUGUGCCUGACACGGCCACACUGUUUAAGAGUGCUUUGAUGCCAGCUAAACUGAUCUUUAAGACUGAAGAUAAUGAGCUGUAUCCUGUUAUAUUUAAACAUGGAGAUGAUCUCCGCCAAGACCAGCUCAUCCUGCAGAUCAUUUCACUGAUGGACAAGCUGCUGAGAAAAGAGAAUCUGGACCUAAAGCUAACACCAUAUAAAGUUCUGGCCACCAGCACCAAACACGGUUUUAUGCAGUUUGUACAGUCUGUUCCUGUGGCUGAAGUUCUGGCUACUGAAGGCAAUAUUCAGAGUUUCUUUAGGAAACAUGCUCCCAGCGAAAAAGGACCUUACGGCAUCAGUCCUGAAGUUAUGGACACCUACGUUAAGAGUUGUGCCGGUUACUGUGUCAUAACCUAUAUUCUCGGAGUGGGAGACAGACACUUGGAUAAUCUACUUCUUACUAAGACCGGAAAGCUGUUCCAUAUCGAUUUUGGCUAUAUUUUGGGACGGGACCCCAAACCGCUGCCUCCUCCGAUGAAGCUGAGUAAGGAGAUGGUGGAGGGCAUGGGGGGCAUGCAGAGUGAACAGUACCAAGAGUUCAGGAAACAGUGUUACACUGCCUUCUUGCACCUGCGCAGAUACUCCAACCUCAUCCUGAACCUGUUCUCCCUUAUGGUGGAUGCCAAUAUCCCAGACAUCGCUCUUGAGCCUGACAAGACAGUUAAGAAGGUGCAAGAUAAGUUCAGAUUGGACCUGUCUGAUGAGGAAGCCGUGCACUACAUGCAGAGUCUGAUAGAUGAGAGUGUGGGGGCUCUGUUUGCUGCUGUGGUGGAACAGAUACACAAAUUUGCCCAGUAUUGGCGGAAGUGAGAAGAUGUGUGGCUACAUGGAACUCAGAAGUAAAGAGAUUUUGCCAUCAUAAUCUAUGCAGGACAGUGAAGGGACAACAGGCUGCCAACAAUUCUGUCUCUGUGUUACCUUUUUCUUCACUAGAUAUAGAUACGCUACUGUCUGAGCACUAUUUAAUUUUCUGUAAAUACUAUAUAUAGUAAACUUCUGUUGCACUGAUUAUAUAAUAAUUCAUAGCCAAAUAUAAAAACAUAUAAAAAUAUAAAA